CAGUCCUGCCCACUCACUCAGCUCGGCUCUGCUCUGCUGUGCGCUGGCCUCGCACACUCGACAAGGACGCGACGCUACCAAAUCUCCAGCGACCGACGGACAGAUAUCUACAGACCUAAGCUCCGAGUUAAUAACAAUUCUCCCAGGGGUGUGAUGGAGGGGGGCUGACCUGGUGCCCCAUGGGAAGUUUGUGAUUCUGUGAGCCAAACGGACGUAGGGCCAACGCAGGGACCAUCAUGUCUCCAGCCCCAGAAGCCCCAGCUAGCCGGCGUCUUCUCGGCCCACCGGGGAGACACCCAUGACUCCCAGCCUCUCUCCGCCCCGAGCGACCGACCGACCGGGGAUCCGAUCCUCCAUCCGGACUGUUUGCUGUUGAUGCAUGGAGCCCGAUGAGACUCAUAGAGGAAUGAACAUGUACCUUUGGUGGAUUUUACUGCAAGGAUUCUGGAGCGUUUAUGGGGAACUUCCAUUCAUUGCAGACAAUAACGCAGCCAUGUUGGUCAACUGGAAUGCAGUCGAUGGAAACAAGAAGUUGUUUGCAAUCUAUGAUACCAGCGUGAAUGAACCAGGGAACAUGUCGUUUGUGAAAGAGACGGUGGACAAACUACUAAAGGGAUAUGAUAUUCGUCUUCGACCAGACUUUGGAGGGGCCCCUGUUGCAGUUGGCAUGAGUAUAGAUGUGGCGAGCAUAGACAUGGUAUCCGAAGUCAACAUGGACUACACUUUAACCAUGUACUUCCAGCAGUACUGGAGGGACAAGAGGCUGGCGUACUUAGGGAUCCCACUGAACCUCACCCUGGAUAACCGGGUGGCAGAUUCACUCUGGGUCCCUGACACCUACUUCCUGAAUGACAAGAAGUCCUUCGUCCACGGUGUGACGGUCAAGAACCGCAUGAUCCGCCUCCACCCGGAUGGAACAGUGCUCUACGGCCUGAGGAUCACAACGACGGCAGCCUGUAUGAUGGACCUGAGGAGGUACCCUCUGGACGAGCAGAACUGCACUCUGGAGAUCGAGAGCUAUGGAUACACGACAGAUGACAUUGAGUUCUACUGGAAGGGAGGAGACAAUGCGGUGACGGGGGUGACACGCAUUGAGCUGCCACAGUUCUCCAUAGUGGACUACAAGCUGGUGUCCAGAAACGUUGUCUUUUCCACAGGUGCCUACCCACGACUGUCUUUGAGCUUCAAGCUAAAGAGGAACAUUGGCUACUUUAUCCUGCAGACCUACAUGCCCUCCAUCCUGAUCACCAUCUUGUCCUGGGUCUCCUUCUGGAUCAAUUACGAUGCCUCGGCUGCAAGAGUGGCAUUAGGGAUCACCACUGUGCUCACCAUGACCACCAUCAACACCCAUCUGAGAGAGACGCUCCCCAAGAUCCCCUACGUCAAGGCCAUUGACAUGUACCUGAUGGGCUGCUUCGUCAUGGUCUUCCUGGCCCUGCUGGAGUAUGCCUUCGUCAACUAUAUCUUCUUCGGCCGUGGGCCACAGAUGCAGAAGAAGCUGGCAGAAAAAGCCGAGAGGGCCAACAACGAGAGGGCGGCCAAAUAUGACACCAAUCGGGCGGAGUCCCACGGUAAUAUCCUGCUGACCACCCUGGAGAUCCACAACGAGGUGGCAGGAAAUGAGGUCACCACCAGCCUGGCGGACAGCAGGAACUCCUCCGUCAUGGGAUUUGACAACACCAGCACAGGUACCGGCGUCCAGUGCAGGAAGGCGAGCCGGGCCUCGGGUCCUCGCCAUAGCCUCGACAGGCACGCCCAGCUCAAGAGGCACAAACUGCGGCGGCGCUCGUCGCAACUCAAAAUCAAAAUCCCUGACCUGACGGACGUAAACGCCAUCGACAGGUGGUCGCGGAUUAUCUUCCCCUCCGUUUUCUCCCUCUUUAAUCUAAUCUACUGGAUGUAUUAUGUCAACUGAUUGACUGAUUUUAGGGUUAGAUGGUGUUGUCAUUUUUUUUUGUUUUCCUUCGUCAUCAUUUUGUCUUUUUUUUUUACGUGAUAGGAAAUGUUUUCGAAAAACAAAGGACUGCCUCUAUGUAACACAGACAAACUGCUUUGACCCCUUUGUUCAAGGUUUUAUAUUUGCAGUCGUACUCAAAUUGUGGAUUGCGGUGGGAUUGCUAAUUCUUUUUUUUUGUACAGAACUAUGUAGAUAAAUACCCAUACUGUAGGACUGGGACUGUAUACUUCCCAGUCUUUUUGCCCUCUCUGCAGUUUGAUAAUGUUCUUUAUACCCAUUUCAAUUUGUGCAAUCUGCAAGAAAGAAAAGGUAACCAUAACAUUUUUUUUUUUAACAAACCCAAAUAAAAUACAAAUGUUAUGUAAUGUAUUAUGCACAUACACAAUGAAUUGUGGUGUAUACUUGAUCAUUAUUUACAUUUGAUUUGUUAUGAAUGCGGAUCAAUGCAAAAAAUAUGUACUCAUGUUUUGUGAUGCUUGUCAUCUUUAUCACGUAUAUAUUUUUUGUCUUGGUCAGAUAAUAUCAUUUUCAAGUGCACAUACAGUAUUUGCAUAUUUUACAGUGAAGUGGUCUUGUUUCUGUAUGUCUAUGUACAGUGUAUUAUUAUUAGUAGUAGUAGUAGUAAUAGUAGUAGUAGUAUUGCUAUUAUUAUUAUUAUUAUCAUCAUUAUUAUUAUUAUUAUUACUAUUAUUAUUAUUAUUACAUACUGAACUAUAAUAUUUUAACACAGGUGCAAAUUAAUGUCUAGGGUUGAGGGUUAUAAUAUCUCAGGUUCUGGAUUUUGCUAAUUUGGCGUCCAAUAAGUUUUCAAAAUCCUGUCAAGCAGUCUUGCAAUUGGAAUAUUGAUUGGUAAUCUAAACAUACCCACCACUGCACUCAAUGAAUAUGUCACGGUUCACAUCUUUUCUACCUGAUAUUGUGAAUGCAUGACAGGAUUUCACUCAGUAAAUUGACUGCAUUCCUUUAAAUCAGCUCCACCUUUGAUACUGUAGCUGUUGAACUCUCCUGCCAAUGGCCUUGCACUAUAUACUGUAUAACAUGUCUUUGUGAAAUAUUCUGAUAUUUUUGUAAGGUGUAACGUUGACUAUAACUACAGUAUGUUAACUCCCUCUCUUGCGCGCUAGCAUUGUAGACCAUAGAUUCCCUCUGUUCACAACAUUCCAUGGAAGUGGCAGGGUUGAGGGAUUGUUUGGUUUUGACCAUUUGACUGAUCUUUACUGCUGAAAUGACCUCCAACUGUAAAUAUAAUGUAUAUAACAUGUGAUGUAAAGUGUGCACAUUUUUAUUUGGAGUUGUCUAAUUAGUUGUCUGUUUUAUAAGACAAUGUGAAAUACCGAUGACAUUUGUCCUCUUUAAAUGCUUGAACAUCUAUUGAAUUAACAUAUGGGGUUGAUCAUAUUUUUUUUUUAUAAGCAAUGAAUGCCAUGAGAGACUAUCUUAUCAAAUGCACAGCCAAUAUAAAUAACACAACAAAACGCAUUGUAAAUCAAGGUCAUUGCGACCACUGAUAGCGGCAUAUCAUCGUCAUCCAUUUCUAUAAUCUAUUCUGCACAGCUAUCAAAGAAGCACAUAUGAUGUAUUAGUCUCUCAGUAUACAACUGAUGCAUGAAUUCUGUUCUACAGGGCAAGGACAACGAGCCAUAGUCAUUAGAUUGUAACCGAACAUCGAACACAUCCCAUGAGGAAAUGUAAUCAACGGCAUGGGAGUAGCUAACAUUUGGUGAAACAUUGCCAUUGUCCAUAUCAUGCUGCUCUGGGCGAGAGAACAUGCCUAGAUGGCACUGUCUCUUGUUUCUCUAUGCAUGUUAUAUCGCAUGAGUAGUGGCGAUAAUUUUUUUUUAAAAAGAACCUUAACCCUAUCAUCUUAGACCUGUAUCUCAGGUUACAAGUACAGUUCAAGAGGAUUGUGAUAAACUGCCAGUCUCUGGUUGGUUACAGAACAACCAAUCAUAUCCUGGGGUCAAUGGCUGGGAUUCACAACGACAGUCUUCAAAAAUAUAACACAUUUAUAUACGCAUAAAGAAUAAAUCGUGCGCCCAUGUAUUUUACCAUUACCAACUUGCAGCCAAUUGCUUAUAGUAGUGACAUGUAUCUCUGGUAUGUAAAUACACUUUGCUACUUGAUCAUUAAGCUUGUUGUGUGUUUUGGGUUUGAGUGAUACAAUGGCAGAGUGUGUGUGGUUACACACGCUGGCCUUUAAACAGUUACAGACUCUGUGGUUUCCCGUCCCUUUUCUACUGUGUAGAUGAGGCAGUGUUGGCUGGGUCUUGGUGUAAGAUGACUAAUAUCCCUUGUUCUUGGCGUAAGAUAGGUAAUAUCUCUUGGUCUUGGUGUAAGAUGAGUCAUUUCUCUUGGUCUUGGUGCAAGAUGAAUAAAAUAUCUUGGUCUUGGUGAAAGAUGAAUACAAAAUCUUGGUCUUGGUGAAAGAUGAAUAAAAUAUAUUGGUCUUGGUGUAAGAUGAAUAAAAUAUCUUGGUCUUGGUGUACGAUGAAUAAAAUAUCUUGGUCUUGGUGUACGAUGAGUAAUCUUUCCCGAGAUGCAAAGACUUGAGUUAGCCAUUCAGAGCUAAUGCCUAGUCUUUAGCUCAGAGGGCUAACACAGUCUUGUGGCAUGCAAGAGACCUGGGUUUGAAUCCCGGUCAGUCACAUUGGCACAUUCAAUCUGACACUGUUUCAUGCAUUACGUGCACUCAUCAUUGCUGGCUUCUAAUGUUGUCUGGCCCAUUAUGGAAUGUCAACAUGUUCUGUUCUGCCAUAAAUGUAUUUAGGUAUAGAUAUCUGUGUUUGUUUUUCUCCCUUAUUUAUUUAGGUUAUAAUGUUGCUCUAUUCAUGAAAUAAUAUCAAUUGUAUGACAGUAAUAUCUGGUUUUGCAUCCAUUCAAAUCAAUGAUUUCUGUAGCACACCUGUUAUACGCUAUAGCAACAGGAUGAACAAUGGACAGACGUCAGAGACAACAUUUCUUGUUCCUAAUGCAUUUCUGUUGAAUGAUUGAAUCUAGAAAAAGCUCAAUAGUUUAUGAUUUAUAUGUCCGGUGAAGAUAAACAAAUGAUUACCAGUAUUCCUGGAUUGUGAUUAAAACCGUAUUUAUCAAUGAA